AUGCCCCGCUACCAGAACGGCCAGAUGGUGGAGUACAAGCCUGUGGGCGGCCGCGACUCCAACACGUCCAAGAGCACCGGCACGAUCAAGUCCGUGCUGACCGAGUCCGGCAGACAGGCCGACCGCAACGUCGACGCGAGCCAGGACAAGCCGCGAUACGAGAUCGAAAACUCCAACACCGGCAAACUCACCAGCGUGUACGAGGACAACAUCUUGGGUGAGGCUUAG